AUUACUCUCCUUUUUCCUCUCAUUUUGCAAAGAAGAACAGUUUAGUCGUGAUGAUGCAGUUGAUACUCUCCUUUUUCUUGUUAACUUGCUAAGGGGGAAUAGUUUAAUAUUUUGUUUCUCUCCUUUUCUUCUCAUUUUCCAAAGAUGCAUAGUUUAGUCAUGAUUGAUGCAGUUGAUUCUCCUUUUUUCUUUUCAUUUUGCUAAGGGUUGGCACUCCCCUUUUUCUUUUUCAUUUUGCUAAGAUGAAUAGUUUGAUAUUUUGAUACUCUACUUUUUAUUCUCCUUUUCUUAUCGUCUUGCUUAGAAGAAUAGUUUAAUAUUUUGACACUGUUUCCUUUUCAUUUUGAUGCUGUCCCUUUUUCUUUUCAUUUUGCUGACCUUUGAAUGGCUAUUUCCCCAUUCACAUAUCGCCUUCUUCCACAAAUGUGGAGCCCCUUUGAAGAGUCUAUAUAUUUGGGAAAAAAUUUUGAUGUGCUCAAAGAUUGCUUACAUAAAGUAGUAGAAGUAUCGAAAUACGGCUAGCAAAUUCAGUCAGUAUCACAGAGAGACACAAGGAGAAGUAAUGGCUGGAAUUAGAGUGACCCUUAAUCGGAGAUUGAGGUGCAAGCUCCAGACUCUGAAGAGGAUGAAAGCGAAAGCCAUUGCUGCCAAGGUGGAGAUGAACCGCAUGAGAGAGGAAACAACACAAAUGGUUGCUGCAAUGGAAGAGAUCAAACUCGAGAUUGACCCGUUGAAGGCAUCUGUCCAUCACCAUUGUGAUGACAUGCUUCUUAUCACAGGAGCAGUGGACAAUCUUUCUGAGAUUAUAUUUCAGCUUUAAUUAGCUGAGGAUUGAAAAAGACCAGUUAUACUUCAUAAAACUUACACUACAUGAUUAAGUCCAAGGUUUGGUGUGCUUUUAAUAAUAAAAGUUGUCUCGUCAUGUACCUAGGUAUAAGUCUCUAAGAAUUAUGGUCUUGGGUUUGGCAAACCCAAAUGUUAUUGGCUUUUAGUUUUCGACUGGUCUUGUGGGUUGAAUUUUUGC